AUGCCAGUCAAGGUCACGGCCCCUGCCACCGCCCGCUUCCACGGCUGCGAGGAUGAUGGUCUCGUCUGCCUCGAAAUAGAAGAUGGCUCUGCCUACCAAGGCUACAGCUUCGGCGCCAACAAGUCUAUUGCCGGAGAGCUUGUCUUCCAAACCGGUAUGGUUGGCUAUCCUGAGUCGGUUACAGACCCUUCAUACCGCGGUCAGAUCCUCGUCAUUACCUUUCCUCUGGUCGGUAACUAUGGUGUGCCCUCGCGCGAGACCGUCGACGAGCUCCUCGGCGAUCUGCCCGCCCACUUUGAGUCCUCCCAGAUCCAUGUUGCUGGUCUGGUUGUUGCCUCGUACUGCGGCGAGGACUACUCCCACUUCCUCGCCCAGUCUUCUCUCAGCUCAUGGCUCCAGGAGCAGGGUGUUCCGGCCAUGUACGGUGUCGACACUCGCGCCCUGACCAAGAAGAUCCGUGAAAAGGGAAGCAUGCUCGGCAAGAUGCGUCGCGAGCUUCCCGGCCUCAUCAAUGGCACCGCCAGCGACGAGCGCACUCACACCACCCUCGACGCCUUUGAGCAGCUCGAGUGGUCCAAUCCCAACGCCGACAACCUGGUUGCUCAAGUCUCCAUCAAAGCUCCCAAGCUCUACAAACCCCCGGCAUCUUCUGUUCGCAAGCAUCCUUCCGGCCGCGCCAUCCGUGUUCUUUGUGUCGAUGUCGGUAUGAAGUACAACCAGCUGCGCUGCUUCCUCAAGCGUGGUGUCGAAGUUCUUGUCUGCCCUUGGGACUACGACCUGACCACAGCCGCUGGCGAGGAGUACGACGGUCUCUUUAUCUCCAACGGCCCUGGUGAUCCCGCAGUCCUUAAAACUACUGUUAAGAACAUCUCUGCCGUCAUGCAAAAGAACACGAUUCCCGUCUUCGGUAUCUGCUUGGGUCACCAGCUCUUGGCUCGUGCUUCCGGUGCAGCUACCAAGAAGAUGAAGUUUGGUAACAGAGGCCACAAUAUUCCCUGCACGAGUCUUGUCUCGGGCAAGUGUCACAUCACUUCUCAGAACCACGGCUUCGCCGUCGAUGCCGAGACUCUGCCCGCCAACUGGAAAGAGCUCUUCGUCAACGCCAACGACGGUAGCAACGAGGGUAUUAUGCACACAAACAAGCCCUACUUCAGUGUGCAGUUCCAUCCCGAGAGCACUCCUGGUCCUCGCGACACCGAAUUUCUCUUUGACGUCUUCAUCAACACAAUGGCUGGCUGUGCCGAGAACCCGUCUCUCCUACAGUCUCCUGUCAGCUUUCCCGGCGGCGCCAUCGAGGAAAACGAGAGACUUCACCCACGUGUCUCCGUCAAGAAAGUUCUUGUACUCGGUUCCGGUGGUCUGAGCAUUGGCCAGGCCGGUGAAUUCGAUUACUCUGGUAGCCAGGCUAUCAAGGCUCUUAAGGAAGAAGGCAUCUACACUGUUCUUAUCAACCCCAAUAUUGCCACGAUUCAGACUUCUAAAGGUCUCGCCGAUAAGGUGUACUUCCUGCCCGUCAACGCCGAGUUUGUCCGCAAGGUCAUCAACUACGAGCAUCCCGAUGCCAUUUACUGCACAUUCGGUGGCCAGACUGCUCUGCAAGUCGGCAUUCAGCUCAAGGACGAGUUUGAGGCCCUCGGAGUCAAGGUCCUCGGUACACCCAUCGACACAAUCAUUACCACCGAGGACCGCGAGCUUUUCGCCCGCAGCAUGGAAUCCAUUGGCGAAAAGUGUGCCAAGUCUGCCUCGGCCAAUAACAUUCAGGAGGCCCUUGCUGCCGUCAAAGAUAUUGGUUUCCCUGUCAUUGUCCGUGCUGCCUACGCUCUUGGUGGUCUCGGCAGUGGUUUUGCCAACAAUGAACAGGAGCUUCUUGACCUCUGCAACAAAGCCUUCGCCGCUAGUCCUCAGGUCCUCGUCGAGCGCAGUAUGAAGGGCUGGAAAGAAAUCGAGUACGAGGUUGUUCGUGAUGCUCAGGACAACUGUAUUACUGUUUGCAACAUGGAGAAUUUUGAUCCUCUCGGUAUUCACACCGGUGAUUCCAUUGUCGUCGCACCUUCGCAAACUCUCUCUGAUGAAGACUACAACAUGCUCCGCACUACUGCCGUCAAUGUCAUUCGUCACCUUGGCGUUGUUGGUGAGUGUAACAUUCAGUAUGCUCUGAACCCCUUUUCUAGGGAGUACUGCAUCAUCGAAGUCAAUGCUCGUCUGUCGCGUUCUUCUGCUCUGGCUUCAAAGGCCACCGGCUAUCCUCUAGCCUUUAUUGCUGCCAAGCUUGGUCUCGGCAUCCCUCUCAAGGAGAUCAAGAACUCCGUCACCAAGGUGACCUGCGCCUGCUUUGAGCCUUCUCUCGACUAUGUCGUCGUCAAGAUGCCUCGCUGGGACUUGAAGAAAUUCACCCGCGUCUCUACCCAACUUGGCUCGUCUAUGAAGAGUGUUGGUGAGGUCAUGAGUAUCGGCCGCACCUUUGAGGAAGCCAUUCAGAAGGCUAUUCGUUCCAUCGACUUCCACAAUCUUGGAUUCAACGACACCAAGGCUCUCAUGGCAAUCGAUGACGAACUGCAGACCCCCUCUGAUCAGCGCCUAUUCGCUAUCGCCAACGCCAUGCACCAGGGCUACACUGUCGACAAGAUCUGGGAGCUUACCAACAUUGAUAAGUGGUUCCUCCGCAAACUCAAGGGCCUUAGCGACUUUGGGAAGCAUAUGUCCCAGUUCACUGCUGCUGAUAUCGCCAAGUCUCCCUCUCUGAUACUCCAAGCCAAGAGACUUGGUUUCUCUGACUCGCAGGUUGCCAAGUUUGUCGGCUCCAAUGAGAUGGCCAUUCGAAGACUUCGUCUCGAUGCUGGUAUCCACCCCUUCGUCAAGCAGAUUGACACUGUCGCUGCCGAAUUUCCUGCUUUUACAAACUACCUGUACCUGACGUACAACGCCUCUGAGCACGAUAUCGACUUCGAAGAUCACGGUAUCAUGGUUCUCGGCUCUGGUGUCUACCGAAUCGGUUCCUCCGUAGAGUUCGACUGGUGCUCCGUUCGCGCUAUUCGCACUCUGCGCGCCAGUGGCUUCAAGACGGUCAUGGUGAAUUACAACCCCGAGACCGUAUCUACUGAUUACGACGAGGCCGAUAGGCUUUACUUUGAGAACAUCAACCAGGAAACCGUUCUCGAUAUUUACGACCUCGAGAAUGCCUCCGGUGUUUUGGGCGCCAUGGGUGGUCAGACCCCCAACAACAUCGCUCUGCCCCUCUUCCGCGCUGGUGUCAAGAUUCUGGGUACAUCACCUGAAAUGAUUGACAAUGCCGAGAACAGAUACAAGUUCUCCCGCAUGUUGGACCGCAUUGGUGUCGACCAGCCUACUUGGAAGGAGCUGACCAGCUUUAAGGAGGCCAAGACUUUCUGCGACAAAGUUUCCUACCCUGUUCUUGUGCGUCCUUCCUACGUGCUUUCUGGUGCUGCCAUGAACACUGUCUACUCCGAGAAGGACUUGGAGUCGUAUCUCGCACAAGCAGCCGAGGUUUCUCGCGAGCACCCCGUUGUCAUCACUAAGUACAUUGAGAAUGCCAAGGAGAUUGAAAUGGAUGCAGUUGCCAAAGACGGCACUGUCGUCGGCCACUUCGUCUCCGAGCAUGUCGAAAAUGCUGGUGUCCACUCGGGUGACGCUACUCUCAUUUUGCCACCUCAGGAUCUUGAACCCACCACUAUUGCCCGCAUCGAGGAUGCUACCCGCAAGAUUGCUGUCGCACUGAAUGUCACUGGUCCUUUCAACAUUCAAUUUAUUGCCAAAGACAAUGACAUCAAGGUCAUUGAGUGUAACGUUCGUGCCUCUCGAUCGUUCCCCUUUGUUUCCAAGGUCAUGGGUGUCGAUCUGAUUGAGAUGGCUACCAAGGCUAUCACUGGCCAGCCAUUCCAGGAGUACCCUCCUACUGACCUCGCACCCAACUGCGUUGGUGUCAAGGUUCCCCAGUUUAGUUUCUCGCGUCUCUCUGGUGCUGAUCCCGUCCUGGGUGUCGAAAUGGCUUCCACUGGUGAAGUUGCUUGCUUCGGUGUUGACAAGAACGAGGCCUACCUCAAGGCCCUGCUGUCCACCGGUUUUAAGAUUCCCAAGAGAAACAUUCUCCUGUCUGUUGGCUCCUACAAAGACAAAAAGGAGAUGCUUCCCUCAGUGCAGAAGCUCCAGCGUCUUGGCUACAAACUCUUUGCUACGGCUGGUACCGCCGAUUUCCUUCAAGAGCAUGGCGUUCCCGUCCAGUACCUCGAGGUUCUUGGAAGCGACGAGGAUAGAAAUUCUGAGUUCUCUCUAUCUCAACAUCUUGCGAACAACAUGAUUGAUCUGUACAUCAAUCUGCCCUCCAGCAACAAGUACCGCCGUCCCGCCAACUACGUCAGCAAGGGUUACCAAACUCGCCGCAUGGCUGUUGACUACCAGGUUCCUCUGGUCACGAACGUCAAGAACGCUAAGAUUCUGAUUGAGGCCAUCUCCCGCUCUUUCGAGCUCACUGUAUCUGGGCGUGAUUUCCAAACCAGCCACCAGACUGUUGUUUUCCCUGGCUUGAUCAAUAUCGCCGCCUUUGUUCCUGGCAUUGUUUCUCCUCACAGCGCUGACAUCCAGACCGUGAGUAAGGCUUUCAUUGCUGCUGGUUUCAGCAUGAUCCGCCUCAUGCCUCUUGGCGUCGAGGGUUCUAUCACCGAUGCCAUUACGCUCAAGGCCGCCCAGCACAAUAGUGCUGCUGGCGGAUACUGUGACUAUAACUUCUCCAUCUCUGCCACCAGCAACAAUGCUGAGCAGAUCAGCACUGUUAUUGGAGAAGUUGGCUCAGUUUUCAUCCCUUUUAACCACCUGUCUGGAUCUGGCAACAUUAGCAAGGUCGCUGCUGUGACUGCUCACUUCGACGCCUGGCCCACGAACAAGCCUAUGGUCACAGAUGCCAAGUUCACCGACCUUGCCUCGAUUCUUCUGCUCGCCAGUCUGCACAACAGACACAUUCACGUCACGUCUGUGUCUACGAAGGACGACAUCCGCCUGAUCGCUCUUAGCAAGGCCAAGGGCCUCCAGGUCACUUGCGACGUAUCCAUCUACUCGCUGUUCCUCUCCCAGAAGGAUUUCCCAACUGCCGACUUCCUCCCUACCGCCGAGGACCAGGCUACUCUCUGGGAGAAUCUGGAGACCAUUGAUGUGUUCUCUAUUGGCAGCUUGCCUUAUCAACUGGCCACCUCGCUGGGCCACAAGGGUGAUCCUUCAAUGGGCAUUGCUGAAGCCCUUCCUCUUUUGCUCACCGCUGUCGCCGAGGGCAAGCUUACCAUCGACGACAUCAAGGACCGCCUAUACACUAAUCCAAAGGAGAUCUUUGAGCUUCACGAGCAGGCUGGCACUUCUGUUGAGGUCGAAGUCGACCGCGUCUUUGAGGUCGAGAAGGGUUCUUUCUGGUCUCCUUUGGAAGGCCGUCGCCUGUUUGGUUCGAUUCGCCGUGUCACUUUCCAGAACGCUACCCUGUGCCUGGACGGUGAGGCCUUUGAUGUUCCUCCCACCGGCAAGGAUAUGUCUUCGCACACGAUACCUCCUCUAACUCCCGCGAUGAAGCCUACUGCUGCUGCUAUUUCCGUGGAGAGCCCCAAGUCUCGCCAGCAGGCUGCGUUUGGUAACCUCCGACCUCUGGGACGACUACGCGGCAUCACUUCUCCACAGGCCCUGCCUGCGCAGGGCCCUCGUGGCGCAGUCGAGGAUCUCGGUCUACCUUUGCAGGUUCAGCCUGCUGUUAGCACUUCUCUGCAGAAGCUCUUAUCGCAGGCUUCCUCGUUCAGGAACGCACAUGUUCUCUCGGUCAAGCAGUAUACGCGAGCGGAUCUACAUAUUCUGUUCACUGUGGCUCAGGAAAUGAGACUUGGUGUGCAGCGUGAAGGUGUUCUCAAUCUUCUCAGCGGUCGCGUCAUGUGCAACCUGUUCUACGAGCCCUCCACUAGAACAUCUGCUUCCUUUGAUGCUGCUAUGCAGCGUCUUGGAGGCCGUACCAUCAACGUUGACACUGCCCAUUCUUCCGUCAAGAAGGGCGAGUCGCUGCAGGACACUCUUCGCACGCUGGGCUGCUAUAGCGACGCAAUUGUUAUGCGCCACCCGGAUGAGAACUCUGUCAACAUUGCUGCCAAGUACUGCCCUGUCCCUGUUGUCAAUGGCGGCAACGGUAGCAAGGAGCACCCUACUCAGGCUUUCUUGGACCUAUUUACUAUUCGCGAAGAACUGGGUACCGUCCAGGGCCUGACAAUCACUUUCCUAGGUGAUCUUCUUUACGGCAGACCCGUGCACUCCUUGGUCUACCUACUCCAGCACUAUCAGGUGCAGGUGCAGCUCGUUGCUCCUAAGGGCCUGGAGCUUCCUGCUCAGGUCCGCGAUCAGCUCGUUGCCUCUGGCCAGCUACUCUGCGAGUCUGCGACCCUCACCCCGGAGAUUUUGGCUCGCACCGACGUCUUAUACUGCACUCGUGUGCAGCGUGAGCGCUUUGAUAGCGUGGAAAAAUACCACCAGGUCAAGAACUCGUACCGUUUGGACAAUGCUACCUUGAAGAAUGCCAAGAGCUCCAUGGUCGUUCUGCACCCGCUACCACGCAAUGAGGAAGUUGCCGAGGAGGUCGACUUUGAUCAGCGCGCGGCGUACUUUAGACAGAUGAGAUAUGGCCUAUACUGUCGGAUGGCACUGUUGGCCUUGGUCUUGGCAAGCUCUUGA